AAAUCCCCCAAAAAUUAAUCUAACCUAACUUGUCAAAUUUGUUUACAAUUUCUAAAAAGGUGUUUUGAAUUGAAAAACGCAAACUUUGUUAAUAUAACUACGAUAAUUAAAAAAAUUGUUAUACGUAAUUAUCAAUCAUUUUAUUAACAAAAUGAGUAAUUAACUUAAAAUAUUUUUCGAUAACUAAAAAUAUUGAAAUCCCCCAAAAAUUAAUCUAACCUAACUUGUCAAAUUUGUUUACAAUUUCUAAAAAGUUGUUUUGAAUUGUUCCGUGAUUAUUUAUAUAAAAAAUGCAAAGAGAACGACGCGCAAAUGCGGGUAACCGCAUGUCGAAACUCCUCAAUGAAGAGGAAGAAUGUCAAGAUGAUUUUUACAAGGUUAAUUAUGGUGGAUUUGCUGACACCGAAAGCGACAACGAAUAUGAAGCUGAAGAGGAAGGUGAAGAUAUCGUCGAUUCAGAUUUUAGUAUUGAUGAAAAUGAUGAACCUGUCUCUGAUAACGAAGAUAAUGAAUCGCAACCUAAAAAGCGGAGAUUGGUGACAAAAGCGUAUAAAGAACCCGUAAAACAAGAGGUUAAACAAAAACCGAAAAUUCAAAAACCAAAACCUGUAAUUCAAAAAAUAAAGCUUGAAGAUGAAUAUAACCUUGAAAGGGUUGAAAGAAAAUCAAUUAGAAAAUCAACAGCAGCGAAAUCGGCUGCGACAGCACAAAGAAUAAAAGUAAGAAAUUUAGAGCAAAAAAGGAAAGUAAAACGACCGAGGGAAGAAACUUGGAUGCCGACUCAACAAGAGCUCCUCGAUGAAGCUAAAAUAACGGAAAAAGAAAAUUUGCAAUCCCUCGAAAGAUAUCAACGACUUGAAAGUGAAAAGAAAUCAAGAAGACCGGUUAAAAAAGUUUUUAAUGGCCCCACUAUUAUCUAUCAAUCGUUGAAGUUUCCAAUUAUCGAAGAAAUUUCUGACGAAACUAAACAAGAAGAUGAUGAUAAAAAGGAAAUUAAACGAUUUUACGAACGUACCUUUAUUAGUGUCGCUAAUGAUCCUAACGAUGUUAGUUUUGCGAAAAUUUUUAAUUUAAAACCAAAACCGAAUUAUCCCAAAAAAAUUAAAUGCACAAUCACAAAUUUACCUGCAAAAUAUAUAGAUCCAAUCACUUGCCUACCAUAUCAUAAUAGUCAUUGUUUUCGAAUUAUAAGAGAAGCUUAUUAUCAACAAUUAGAGGUUCAAGGUGAUCGGAGUAAUGUGCAGGUUGCCGAAUGGAUGAAAUGGUAUAUUAAAAAUAAGGAUAAAGUACAAAGAUGUAUUCGAAUGAUAAAAGAAGGAGCUUAAAAUAAGUUUUUUUGUAUUAGUUGUAUUGAAUAUGGAAAUAAAUUUUUUUAUGAAGAUGUAAAA